GGGGCUUCACGUGGUUUGAAGGCUGUGGGUUAUUCAGGCACACGAGAAACGAGGCCAAUAAUCUGCUGGGUCUCCUGAUUUUCUGAAAAGAAACUACUUCCUUCUCCUUUGCUUACGAGGUUCCAAAAUUUCCCAUGGAUGAGACGAUCACAUCAACAUCCCUGCUCUGGUCCAGCAGUAGAAACAAAAAAUGUUCAACACCUCCUGGGAACCCCUCCGAAAGGCCCCCAGAUGUGGAAGUGCCACAAGUCGACUGGUCCUCAGUAUAUUCAUCUGUCAUCCCUUGGGAAGAGAGCCGCGCUGACACCAACACAUCCGUACCCACCCAAAGGAUCUCCUACUGCUGGAAGAAGAGCUGUCAUUUCGGCUGCCUGAUCCUGGCUGCAGAUUCUCAUAGCGUGGGAAAGAAGCAAGCUGCCGGCAUUCGACCCGGGGAUUUAUGCUGCUAAUCUGAUUAGUGUAUGAUGGACGUGUCCAGUUGGAAGGAGAUGGAGGUGGCACUAGUCAGUUUUGACAACGCUGAUCAGAUCGUGGAGGAUCCCUGUUAUUCAAACGACCUCAGCCCUGCCAGCCAGUCGCGGAAAGGCCAUUCCAGCUGCGCCAACCUCCUCUCCAACUGGAGAAUCCUCAUCAACAGUGAAAACGCCAACAAUGAGACCAUUUUCUCCAGGUUCUCUGCUGAGUUCAGCGAGCACCUGGUGGGGGAGCGGGUGGGGAUGGAGGAGGGGGACCAGCGAGUCAUCAUCAACAUCGCUGGGCUGAGGUUUGAGACACGGCUCAAGACCCUCAACCAGUUCCCGGAGACCUUGCUUGGUGACCCAGAGAAGAGGAUGCGGUACUUUGACUCCAUGAGGAAUGAAUAUUUCUUCGAUAGGAACAGGCCCAGUUUUGAUGGGAUCCUGUACUAUUACCAAUCCGGUGGGAAAAUCCGGCGUCCGGCCAACGUACCCAUAGAUGUCUUUGCUGAUGAAAUCACCUUCUAUGAGCUGGGUGACGAAGCCAUGGACCAGUUCAGGGAGGAUGAAGGGUUUAUCAAGGACCCUGAGACCCUCUUACCAACCAAUGACUUUCAUAGGCAAUUCUGGCUGCUCUUUGAGUACCCCGAAAGCUCCAGCGCAGCCAGAGGUGUAGCUUUGGUCUCUGUCCUGGUCAUUGUCAUCUCCAUCAUCAUCUUCUGCAUGGAGACCUUGCCAGAGUUCAGAGAGGAAAGGGAGUAUAAGUCCACCCAGGAGCUUUCUAAGAAUACGACGGACACCUUGCUGGCCCACAGCACCUUCACAGACCCUUUCUUUGUCAUAGAGACUGCCUGCAUCAUCUGGUUCUCCUUCGAGCUGUUCGUCCGAUUCAUCGUUUGCCCUAGCAAGACCGAGUUCUUCAAGAACAUCAUGAACAUCAUUGACAUCGUGUCCAUCAUCCCCUACUUCGUGACACUCACCACUGAGCUGAUCCAGCAGAGCGAACUCAACGGGCAGCAGAACAUGUCCUUGGCCAUCCUACGGAUCAUCCGCUUGGUGCGGGUCUUCCGGAUCUUCAAGCUGUCCCGGCACUCCAAGGGGCUGCAGAUCCUGGGGCAGACCCUCAAGGCCAGCAUGCGGGAGCUGGGUUUGCUCAUCUUCUUCCUCUUCAUCGGUGUCAUCCUCUUCUCCAGCGCCAUCUAUUUUGCAGAAGUGGACGAGCCGCAGUCCCAUUUCUCCAGCAUCCCCGACGGCUUCUGGUGGGCCGUGGUCACGAUGACGACCGUUGGCUAUGGAGACAUGUGCCCCACCACCUUGGGUGGGAAGAUCGUGGGCACCCUGUGUGCUAUUGCAGGAGUGCUGACCAUCGCCCUGCCCGUCCCCGUCAUCGUCUCAAACUUUAACUAUUUCUACCACAGGGAGACAGAGAAUGAAGAGAAGCAAAUUCUGCCCGGUGAGGUGGAGAGGAUACUCAACAGUGUGGUGACGGGCAACGACAGCAUGGAGUCUCUCAAUAAGACCAAUGGGGGUUACCCUCGAGACAAGGCCAAAAAGUGAUGCUUGUUUCCAUGGCAGAGCUGAGCGCUGCCAGGUGGGGUGGGCUGGAUAAGGCAUGCAACAUCUGCAAGCUGUUUUGUUGUUGUUUUUAUUUUAUUUCAUUUUAAAC